CUUGACGUCUGGUCACGCAACGUUUUUGCAGCACGGAUCGUUGCUAUUUUGGCGCGUUCGAGUUUAUAACAGUAACCGUUGAAAUCAGUUCUGGUUCUUGCUACAUAGACCAGAAGUUCUUUUCUAAACAUGGCAAGUUUAUUUGACACAAAUCAAGCUGUCAGAAUCGCUAAAUACUUCCUGGAAGACAUAGAAGACCCUGUAAAUCUAGUUCCCGUGUCACUGGUUGUACUGUGUCUAGCCGUUGCUGGCCGUCCUCGCGGGCUGGCUUGGUGGGCAAUGUUUAACGGCUGCAUUAUACAUUGCUGGAUGGAUGGAAUUGUAGGAAUGUUUGGACGUGGCCCUAAAUGGCUGGUUAUUGAGUACGGCAAGCUUGAUUCCCGGUACUGGCCAACCAAAGACUCCUUGGUCAUGAUGAUAUGUGCUGUGGAGUUACUGAUCAUGGGACCCCUGUGCCUUCUCUGGGGGCCAGAGGCUACCCUGGCAUUUUGGCUGAGCGUCACUGGACGGGAGAAGUCUGGAGGCUCUGGUACUCAGGGUAGCCAGUGGCGUACUCCACAUAAAUAUUUUGACAUUAGAAAACUUCUAAAACACCAAAAAAAAAUACAAGUUAUAGAAAAUAGUGUAAUAAUUAACUCCUUUUCCUUUAUCCAUCAUAUUAUAUAUAUUACCAAUUUUAUAGAGCCGAUCCCAAUAGUAUGUAUUUUUUUUAAAUUGACAAACCACAUUAAAAAUGGAAUGCUGUAUUGCCCAUGUGAGCAGCCACUGUUUUUUUCUAAAAAUAUAAGAAAAUGACUAGUAGGGGUGUGGGCUGUGACCCAUUCUUUCAAGAUGUGAAUAACUAUAUAUACAUUUGCAAUAUUUAUCUUCACACUGAUUUGUUAUUGCAAUAUUUUGGAUCUUGAAAUUUGCAAUAUUAGUGACAAAUAAUUCUUCAAGAUGUACAUUAUUUUUGUACCCUAUUGAAAUUUGUUUGAAAAUAUUAGUAAACACUUUCUAACUAGAAGAGCUUUCUUAUUGUUUUCUAUCAGUUCACUUAUCCAUGUCACAUCUCUGUUCUUUUGCAUUCUGGAUUCAAAAGAACAGAAAUGCAACACAGAUAACCUAAUGGGAAGAAAGCUCUGCUAGCAUUGUAGGUAACACAGCUGGUUAUUUCAUAUUCAGGUACCAUGCAAUUAUUAUGGACAAGUGGUAUAAGCAUUUCCUGGCCAUCAUAACCUCAACAUUCCAGAUGAUGGGCUGUAUUCUGUACUUCUCAGCUGAAUUAUAUGAUGGCUGCGAACACAUUCCC